CUCUUCUCGGCAGCGGAAGUGGCGGCGGGGCUGUUCUUCUCAGACAAACAUGGCGCGGUGUCCGUCAGCCUCCGCGGUGUCUCUGUCCUCUCUCACGCCGCGGACUCGAACCCCGCACGGCGGCUCACGGAUGUGCCGCUUGUUGUUCCUGGCGACGUGUCUCACGGCGCUGCUGCUGUCACCGGCGGCGUCGACGACGACGACGAAGCGGGGCAGCCUGAGAGAAGUGACGGACGGGAACUGGGAGGAGAUCCUGAGCGGAGAGUGGAUGAUUGAAUUCUACGCGCCCUGGUGCCCGGCGUGCCAGCAGCUCCAGCCGGUGUGGAAGGAGUUCGCGGACUGGGGAGAGGACAUGGGUCUGAACAUCGCCAAGGUGGACGUGACGGACCAGCCCGGUCUGAGCGGGCGAUUCAUCAUCACCUCACUUCCGACUAUUUACCACUGUAAGGACGGCGUCUUCAGGAAGUACCAGGGAGCUCGCACCAAAGACGACUUCCUCAGCUUCGUCGACGAACAGAAAUGGCAAGCAGUGGAGCCGGUUUCCUCUUGGCUGGGGCCGUCUUCGUUUCUGAUGAACUCGAUGUCCGCUUUGUUCAAGCUCUCCAUGUUUAUCCGGCGUUGCCAUAACUACAUGACGGAGCAGCUGGGGAUCCCUGUUUGGGGCUCGUAUGUUAUCUUUGGCUUGGCCACUCUGUUCUCCGGCCUCGCGUUGGGACUGUUACUGGUGUUCAUCGCAGAUUUCGUCUUCCCCUCACGACGGUUCUCUUCUCCGGAUUACUACCAGAAAAAACAAACGAUGCAGCAGGCGAGGUUACUCCAGCGACAAGAGGAAGAACACGAGGCCGACGGCGAGGAGGACGACGACGAGGAGGAAGAAGACGGCGACCAGUACGACGUCUGGAGGAGGAGGAGAGGUUCCCCGGAAGGCCGCCCAGAACCCAAAGCGCCGGGUUUCUCCGACGAAGCCCUGAGGAAGAGGGUGGUGGGCAACCGCGAGGAGGAGGAAGAGGACGAGGAGGACACCUAGAGAGGCGCACGGUACCGAAUCGUUUGAGAAAAGCACCAUGGAGUCGGAGGAGCUUUGGUCCUGAGCAGCAGCAGUGUUUACAGCAGGGAGCCCUGAAUCUCCCCCACCCUGACCUCCCUCUCUCCUCCUCCUCCUCCUCCUCCUCCUCCUCUUCCUCUGGGCCCCCCAGAAAACACCUCCUUCUUUUCUUCUCCUUCCCUUGUUUGUGACGGGAGCGCCUUAAGACUCUCUCCACCACCUCUCUCCGCCUGAGCAGCAGGCUCCACCUGGGGGGGAAAAAGCAAAAAUCACUCCUGAAACCUGUUUUUCACUCGUGGGAGCAAACCGCCGGGCUGAGGUUUUUAGGUAUGACGUGCAGAAGAAGCUGGAAAUUUUGCAAUGUUGUUUAUGCUAUGCAUCGUUUUUUAAAAGAUCUGUGUGUUUUUAUUAUGUGUUUAUCUCGGAUUCAUUAGACCAGGCUUGGGUUUGAGGUUCAUGUUGUUCGGCUAAUCUUUACACACGGUUCAACACACACACACACACACACUCCAUCUAUCCGCCGCGUUCAGCGAACGACAAGAAAGAAACCUUAAGAUUUCACUCCUGGUUACCGCGGUAACAGCAAGUGCAAAACACUCCUUGAGCAAGAACUAGAGCAGUCGACGUGUCCGACCACGGCGCAGACAAACAAACUUAGACUGAGUGAAGAAAGAAGUCCCAUGGACAGAUCUUUGAUCAGUAAUCACGGUCAGGGCUAAGAUUGAUGACAAACACAUUGCUUCACAAUAAAAGCAUUCAACAGGCGACUCAGAUCGUGUCUGAUACUUCUCUACUGCAGUGUUAGGAGAGCGAACAGCUGCUAUCAAUGAAUCACAUUUAAAAACAGUGUAUUUAAAUUAGCGUUGGGCUGGUGUAAACAUUUCAAAACUGGUUUGACGUUAAGCCAAAGACUGGAACGGACCAGUAAUACCGAUUUCUACCACUGGGUAUCGCACGUGACUCAGCAGAACAUCAUGAGUUGUUCCUGCAAAAGUUUCACAAUAAAAGCCUCGUUAAGAAACUUACUCUUUUUAAUUUGAAACAACUCCGCCAUGAACAAAUCUAAGACCAUAAAUAGUAUUAAAACAGUUUUAUCUCACAGGAAACUUUAAAAUGAGACAGUGAAUGUCUUGAUUCUCCUUCAGUCUGUGUAAAGUUGGCACGUUUGGGGCAGGAACCCUUAAAGCGUCGGCACUCACACCAACACAGACUUUGAGCUUCACUCUCUGCUGAAAAUAAAAUCAAAGGAACAACGUUCACUUCAAAUUAAAAGCCUGGUGAAUGUCGUCGUAUGUCCCCCCCCACACAAUCAACGAGAGGGUUUUAUUUUAUUUCUGUUGCUGAUGUUUCACUCACGAUUCUUUAAUUAUUAACUGAAGAGAACCAGAGGUGUUGUGGACCUGUCAGUGGCUCUGCAGUACAGUGUGCAUGCCAUAAUAACACAAUUUAAUGAAUUAAAGUUUGACGUAUCCGUCCUGGACUGACAAAGAGAGGCGUGACUCAUCCAGACUUUGUUUUUAAACCACUUUUACUCUGACUCGAAAUGUCAAAUCAAACCACAGAUUAAUUUAUCUAACUCGGUGCCAUCUCGUGUUUGUUUCUGGGUUUCUCGUUGAAAUCCUGAACACGUGGCAUCUUUUCUGCUUUAUCUUUUUUUUCCGAACAUUAACAGCUUCACCUGCAACCAUUUCAGUCUGUGUGUGUGUGUGUGUGUGUGUGUAUGAAGUGUUUUUAAUGAAACACAUUUGAUUUAAUGAGGCUGAAGAUGAUCCUGGAAUAAAAAAAGAAGUGACGGUUGAAACAGGUUGUAGUUUUUUUUUAUUUUUAUUAAUGGCUUGUAGCAUUCAUUCACACUUCACUCUGAGCCGCUGUUCUCCUUCAUUGUUUGAACAUUUCUUUAAAUAAAGGAUUUACUCUGAA